AUGGCCCCUUUAUGGGCGGCGCCGGCGCCGUGCUGGGUCGUGCGGCAUCAUGCCCCGUCGGCGGUGCACUCGGUCGCGUUUGCCAACGCAGGAGCGUACCUCGUUGCUGGCGAUGCAAAGGGUCGCGUAUCGGUGACGAGCAUGACCGACUACCGCCCCCGCCUUUUUUGGGACGCCCACAAAGAUACGGUGCUUCGCGCAGACGCGUGGGGCGGCUACCUCGUCACCGUCGAGGUGAACGCGCUCAACUACUGUGCCUACGACAUGGCCCUGCGCGAUGCCGCCUCGCUCACAGGCUGGCUCGCCGUGCCCCAUACCCUCGAGUCGGCAUGGAUCGAUAUCUAUGCGCUGCCCCAGCGCCGGCGUGUGCGAGACUCGGUAGGGCGGCUCGCGGUGCUCGGCCGCGGCAUGGAACGCCCGCCGAUCGUGAUGGGCGUGCGGCUUACUCUGCUCGGCAGCACGCUGUACCUCGUCGCGGGCUACGAAGACGGAAGCGUCCAAGCCUGGACGAUGACGGCCGGCGACGACGGCAGCCUAAGCCCCCCUGAACUCCUCUGGUCGCAUCGGCCGCAUACCGAAUCGGUCAUGGCGCUGUGCCUCACGCCGGACGAGCGCACGGUCGUGUCUGUCGGCGCCGACCAGCGCGUCGUGCAGAUCGCCCUCGCAGAAAACGCACAGCCUCAAACGACCACGAUGCAGCGCCCGGGCCAUGCAUGUGUCGCCGUCCGAUCCGACGCACGGACCAUGGCGGUCGGCGGCUGGGACGGCGGCGUGCGCGUCUUUUCGCUGCCAGCCAUGGACCUUCUUGCAACGCUCGCAUACCACAAAGACGGCGUGAAUGGCGUCGCGUAUAUCCGCCGCGGAAAUGUACAUACACUCGCGCUGCCUGCCGACGACAGCAGCGACGAAGAGGGGCCGGCGCUGCCCCGCCACCUGCUGGCCGCAGGAAGCAAGGACGGACGCAUAUCGCUCUGGGACGUGCCCUUUACCAAGGACGAUGCUAUGCCUGCACUACGAGCACCGUAG